GAGACAGAUCUCCAAAUAAAAACCAUAGAAGAAGAAUGUCCUAAAUAUAUCAAUAGAAGAAGAAAGUCGGCCACCCGCCUGUGUCAUCUCAUGCGCAUGGCGUUAUAUGAAUGAAUAUUUGCUCAUUGUAACAUCAGCUUUUUAUCAUUUGGAUUUUAUAUUUAUUCUUCAGUUUCAUCUCAUAUUAAAGGAUGGAGGCUGAUUUGUACGAUGAGUUUGGGAACUACAUUGGUCCAGAGCUGGACUCUGAAGAUGACGACGAUGAACUGGAUGCAGAGGACAAAGAUGUAGAUGAGGGUGAUGAAGAUGAUGACGAGCCUGCAGAUGCUGAUGAGGAUGUCCCUGGCAUGGAAGUGGUCCUGCAUGAGGACAAGAAGUACUAUCCCACAGCAGAGGAGGUUUAUGGACCGGAGGUGGAAACUAUUGUUCAGGAAGAAGACACACAACCUCUCACAGAGCCCAUCAUUAAGCCUGUGAGGCACAAACAGUUCACGUUGAUGGAACAGGAGUUACCGGCCACCGUUUAUGAAAUGGAAUUUCUUGCAGAUCUGAUGGACAGUCCUGAGCUGAUUCGUAACAUCACCCUCUGUGGUCACCUUCAUCAUGGCAAGACCUGUUUUGUGGAUUGCCUGAUUGAGCAGACACACCCAGAAAUCAGAAAAAGAGAUGAUGCUGAUCUCCGGUAUACAGACAUCCUUUUUACAGAGCAGGAGAGGGGGGUUGGCAUCAAAAGCACUCCUGUCACGAUGGUCCUGCCUGACUCUAGAGGAAAAUCUUACCUUUUCAACAUCAUGGAUACCCCAGGCCACGUGAACUUCUCUGAUGAGGUCACAUCCAGCAUGAGGAUCUCCGAUGGGGUUGUCCUUUUCAUUGAUGCAGCAGAAGGAGUGAUGCUCAACACCGAGCGUCUGAUCAAACACGCCGUUCAGGAGCGCAUGGCCAUCACUAUCUGCAUCAACAAGGUGGAUCGGCUCAUCGUUGAGCUCAAAUUGCCUCCAACGGACGCUUAUUACAAGCUCCGCCACAUUGUGGAUGAGGUCAAUGGUUUGCUCAGCACGUAUUCCACGGACGAGAACUUGGUGGUGUCUCCUCUCCUCGGAAACGUUUGCUUUGCCAGCUCUCAGUACAGCAUCUGUUUCACCCUGGGAUCAUUCGCAAAGAUCUACUCCGACACCUACGGCGAUAUUAACUACAACGAGUUUGCAAAGCGGCUCUGGGGGGACAUUUACUUUAACCCAAAAACUCGCAAGUUCACCAAAAAAGCCCCUAGCAGUAACUCUCAGCGCAGCUUUGUGGAAUUUGUCCUGGAGCCUCUCUACAAGAUCCUCUCACAGGUGGUCGGGGACGUGGACACAUCUCUCCCCAGAGUUCUGGAUGAGCUUGGGAUCCACCUGACCAAAGAGGAACUGAAACUGAACAUCAGACCUCUGCUUCGACUGGUCUGUAACCGCUUCUUUGGGGAGUUCACUGGCCUGGUGGACAUGUGUGUGCAACACGUCCCUUCACCACAAGAUGGCGCUAAGACUAAGAUAGAGCACACCUACACUGGAGGUCUUGACUCAGAACUGGGAGAGGUCAUGUCAGAGUGCGAUCCAGAUGGUCCGUUGAUGUGCCACACCACAAAGAUGUACAGCACGGAGGACGGGGUGCAGUUCCAUGCGUUCGGCCGGGUGCUGAGCGGCACCAUUCAGGCAGGUCAGCCGGUGAAAGUGCUCGGAGAGAACUACUCGCUGGAAGACGAGGAGGACUCUCAGGUUUGCACCGUGGGUCGUCUCUGGAUUUCUGUUGCCAGAUACCAGAUCGAGGUGAACCGAGUGCCCGCGGGCAACUGGGUGCUGAUUGAAGGCUGUGACCAGCCGAUCGUGAAGACGGCCACAAUCACGGAGCCCAGAGGGAACGAAGAGGCUCAAAUUUUCAGGCCUUUGAAGUUCAACACAGCGUCGGUAAUUAAAAUCGCAGUGGAGCCCGUUAACCCGUCAGAGCUGCCAAAAAUGUUGGAUGGACUGAGGAAGGUGAACAAGAGCUAUCCUUCCCUCACCACUAAGGUUGAGGAGUCUGGAGAGCACGUCAUCCUGGGAACAGGGGAGCUCUACCUGGACUGUGUCAUGCACGAUUUACGGAAGAUGUACUCUGAGAUCGACAUUAAAGUUGCUGAUCCAGUUGUGACUUUUUGUGAAACGGUGGUGGAGACGUCAUCACUCAAGUGUUUUGCUGAGACGCCCAACAAAAAGAAUAAGAUCACGAUGAUUGCCGAGCCCCUGGAGAAGGGACUUGCCGAGGACAUAGAGAACGAGGUGGUGCAGAUCACGUGGAACAGGAAGAAGCUUGGAGAGUUUUUCCAGACAAAAUACGACUGGGAUCUGCUGGCUGCCAGGUCCAUUUGGGCCUUCGGACCCGACACAACAGGGCCAAACAUCCUCGUAGAUGAUACGCUGCCUUCAGAGGUGGACAAGGCGCUGCUGGGUUCUGUCAAAGACAGCAUCGUUCAGGGCUUCCAGUGGGGCACCAGGGAGGGGCCUCUUUGUGAUGAGCCCAUUAGAAAUGUGAAGUUUAAGAUCCUGGAUGCUGUGAUCGCUCAGGAGCCUCUUCACAGAGGAGGGGGUCAGGUCAUCCCUACAGCCAGGAGGGUGGUGUACUCCGCUUUCCUCAUGGCCACGCCGAGGUUGAUGGAGCCCUAUUACUUUGUAGAGGUCCAGGCUCCAGCUGAUUGUGUGUCUGCGGUCUACACCGUGCUGGCUCGGAGGAGGGGUCAUGUCACGCAGGAUGCUCCCAUCCCUGGUUCUCCUCUUUACACAAUUAAAGCUUUUAUCCCGGCUAUAGACUCUUUUGGCUUUGAGACCGACCUGCGCACCCACACUCAGGGUCAGGCCUUUGCUCUCUCCGUCUUCCACCACUGGCAGAUCGUACCCGGUGACCCCCUGGACAGAAGCAUCGUGAUCCGGCCUCUUGAGCCCCAACCCGCCCCUCACCUGGCCAGAGAGUUCAUGAUCAAGACCAGAAGACGCAAGGGUCUGAGUGAAGACGUGAGCAUCAGCAAGUUCUUCGACGAUCCCAUGUUGUUGGUUCUGUCCAAACAAGACGCGGUGCUGAAUUAUCCCAUCUGAGGCGACAUUUACCGCAGCCGAAACCUCCUCCGCUGGAAUUUACAGCUGAUAUUUGGGUUCACCACGUAAAAAAUAAAACUGUCGCGUUUUAAUUUGCCGUCUUUGUAAUUUGCUCCUUCCGCUA